CUGGCGGCUUCACGUUUUUUUUAUUUUCAUCCAUUCCUUUUCGACUAGCUCGUGCUGAUUUUCUGAAUCAACAUAUCAAUCCUUUACUGUGUUCAUCAAACCGCGGCAACGCCAGUUUUGGCGGUAGUAGCACACUUUUCAGGAUGUUGGGAGCGUUGAGAAGAUAUUCUGCAUUCGUUCCGCGAACGCUGUCAUCGGCGGCGACACGGGCAUCUGCGCCGAGAACACAGGCCUUGAAUCUGAACCGGCUGGCACAGCUGAAGUCAUGUGUACCGGCCAGGAGCUUCUCGAAUGCGAUCAGGUGGCAGCAACAGGCGUUGGCGGAAGCCGUUCAGGAGACCGAAGCGCCUGCAGGAGAUGGGUUCACAAAGUUCCAAGAGUUGGCUGAUAGGCAGUUGGUGCACCAAAAUGUCAUCGACGCAAUUAAACGCAUGGGGAUAGAGACGAUGACGGAAGUGCAGGCGGCAACCAUCAACACUGCGCUUCGCGGUACGGAUAUCAUCGCGCAGGCGAAGACAGGCACAGGCAAGACCAUUGCAUUUCUGCUACCGAUCUUGCAGCGCAUACUGGAGAACGACCCGUCCCUCGCCACUCGUUCUGGCUGGAGACAGACGACUGCGUCCGAUAUUCGCGCAUUGAUCAUUUCGCCCACUCGCGAGCUUGCUGAGCAGAUUGCAGAUGAGGCCAGGAAGCUGUGCAGAGGCACGAAUGUCAUCGUACAAGCCGCUGUAGGCGGCACAAUGAAAAGCCAGAUGCUACGUGCAACCCAGAGGCAGGGCUGCCACCUCCUAGUUGGGACGCCGGGCCGUUUGCGAGAUAUACUCAGCGACCCUUGGAGCGGAGUUGCUGCACCAGGCUUGGAUGCCCUUGUGCUUGACGAGGCAGACAGACUGAUGGACGAUGGCUUCUGGCCCUCAAUCCAGGAUAUCAUGGGCAUGCUUCCGAACCCAAAAGACAAGGAUCGGCAAACGCUCAUGUUCUCCGCCACGAUGCCGAGGGAGGUGUUGCACGUCGCACGGCAAGUGCUUAAGCCUGGAUAUGAAUUCGUCUCGACGAUUAGAGAGGACGAUGCACCGACGCUGGAACGCGUUCCUCAGAAGGUUGUGCGGGCCGAUGGUUUUGAGAACCUAAUGCCCGCUCUGUACGAGCUAGCCAUGCGAGAGACACGAAAGGCUGAGGAGGUACCAGAUGCGAGGCCGUUCAAAGCCAUUGUGUUCUUCAACUCGACCGCAGAAACUUCGCUGGCGACGGCGAUUUUCAACAACCUGAGGAGUUCCAGUCGAAACGGACGGGCGUUUUUGUCGAGGACGCCCGUGCUUGAGAUUCACGGCAAACUCACACAGGCACAACGCACGCGCGCCUCUGCGGACUUUAAGAGACUGCCCGGAGCGAUGCUGUUCUCGUCUGACGUAACGGCACGUGGUAUGGACUUUCCCAACGUGACGCACGUCAUUCAGGUUGGCUGUCCGUCGAAUGCGGAGACAUACAUCCAUCGCAUUGGACGGACUGCACGUGCCGGCAAGGAAGGUGAAGGCUGGCUGUUCUUGAGCAAAGUGGAAUUGCCGGAAGCACGACAACGGCUACGCGGACUGCCUAUUCAGCCAGACGAUACACUGCAGAGUGCCAAUGUCAACAUGACGACACCUGCGCAGCUGCCGGCUCCUGUUGCAGGUGUCCUAACAGAUGUUGGCAAUGCGGUCAAAUCCGUAGAUCCGUCAUUGCUAUCUGCUACAUACAGGGCGUAUCUGGGCGUGUAUCAAUGGCUACCGACAAAACAGCUUCUUGUCGACAGCCUGGCUCGACUGUCCAGAUUUGGAUGGGGCCUGUCGUCGCCUCCUAAGGUCCCUCCUGGACUGGCUUCCAAGCUACGUUUGAACGGUCUGCAGAACGUCAACAUUGGCGUUGAGGAAACAUCUCUCAGGUCUGGUGGGAGAUUGCAAGGACUUAGGAGCGGAGGCUCCCACCGCUCGGGUGGUGGCAAUGGUCGUCAAGGCUGGGGCAAUGAUAAUCCAGCAUGGUAGUGCACAGAUUGUGCACGACAGCUUCUUGAUUGUAUUAUGAUGUAUUCUGUGAUGCUGGAUCGCCCUGCAGCUUGUACUUUAUAGAUGGAAUUGCAUAGGAUGGCGUGAGAGGCUACCUUUUUAAUUUUUCAAAUUGUCUAUGUAGAAAACGGGAAGGGUAUUUAAAGGAGCAACAGGUCCGUAGAAUUAUGAAUCGAAAAACUCUUCUCGAUGAA